AUAACCCCCAUGCACGUUGGCCUCUACGCAAAUAACAGAGUUAGGUUAGCCUAGUAACCUCCCCUGCGUGAUGGAAAACACCCGGUGUUGCGAGAACAUCGCAUACCAGACUCCAUUCGUUAAACAGUUGCAGCCUUCACAGAGUCCUCUCGUCCUCAAAGAUCAGUCUUUGAGUCUCUGAGACUUGGUCUCAAGCCAGAAACAGCAUAGAUUCUAUCAAUCAAGCAUCGCUAGUUACUCUCUUUGCUACUCGCCUACUCGUAUCACGCUAUGCCCCAUUCUAUGUUGUGACAUUCAUGACAAGUCGAUAUUCUGAUAGACUCGUUCUUCUGCCUGUCUAGCUCCUAGAAUCCUUUCCAAGCCAGAGAUCUUAAAAAAUUCUAUCGACUAACCUCCUUCCCCGAUUACAAUGGUUUCUUACAAAGAAGUACAAGAUUCUAACGCGCUCAUCAACGAUGCAACGGCCCCACGCGUCGCCGUCUUCGUCGGCGGUACAUCAGGCAUCGGAAAGUUCACAGUUAGGGCCCUAGUCGCUACGGGUGCGAGCGUAAGAAUCUACCUAGUUGGGCGCAAGAUUUCUGAAGAGCCGAUGAAUGCUUUCAUUCAAGAGUUGUACGUCAUCAACCCCAAGGCGGAAGUCAUUUGGACCGAAGGCGAGGUCUCGCUCCUCGCGGAAACAAAGAGAGUAUGCGAGGUAAUUAAAAGCAAGGAGUCACGCGUCGACUUCCUGUUCCUUACCGCAGGCUACGCACCAUUCGGCACACGUAGGGAAACUGCCGAGGGCUUGGAAAUCACCCAGAGCCUGGAGUACUACUCGCGAAUGCUAUUCAUUCUACAUCUUCUCCCUCUCUUAGAGGAAGCGGAAGCCCCCAAGGUCGUCAGCGUUUUGGCGGGUGGGAUGGAGAGAGCAACGGUCAACUUGGACGACUUGGAUCUGAAGAAGCCCGGGAAUUUCGGCGGCGUGAAGGCCCAGAUGCAAUACACAAUUAUGAACACAAUGACUUUGGAGAAGCUGGCCAACGAAAAUCCCAAUGUGACGUUCAUCCACUCCUGGCCCGGGUGGGUCAACACGGGAAAUAUACGAAGGAGUGCGGAUCCGAAUUCGAUUACGGCUUGGUGCUUCUGGCUUAUCCUUGAACCCCUUAUUUUUUUAUUUGCGCUCAGCGACGAGGAGUCUGGACAGAGGCAUUUGUUCCAAAGUACCAGCGCUGCUUUUGGCGGUCGUGGCGUACCAUGGAAGGGCAAGUUAGGUGUAAAUUCGCUGGAGAAGCAGGCGGAUGGACUAUUUCUCGUCAAUUAUAAGUGCGACUGUACUCCGAAUGCGAAGGUCAUGCCUAUACUUCGAGAGAAGGCGCAGGGAAAGAUUUGGGACCAUUCGCAGGAAGUUCUUCGACCAUAUUUGUAGACUGAGAACUCUCUUUUAUUGUCCUACAAUGUUAAUGAGCACUAUUUAGCGGGUGGAUUUACGAUAGUUAAUAGUAACUUAACUAACUUAAGUUAACUGAGCGGGGAAAAAGUUUAGUAAAAGAGACGACGGCAG